AUGCGUCGCUUGACAAUUAAUCCUUACGCAGCAGUAGAAAGAGAAUUGAGUGCGAAACUGUAUCAGAAAUUAUUGGGUCUAACCAAACUAUAUCCGCCGGAGGAAGGAAUGCGAAAAUGUUUAUCCAAUGUAAUGUUCAUUACAGUCAAUCAAAAUGCAUUUCUUGAAGUCAUAUCAUAUUUAUUUCGUAUCUUCGAUCCUGUGGAAUUUAAGAAACGUUUCUUUUGGCCAAUCAAUGAUAAAAGAUCGGAAAUCGAUUUUCGCGCAAAUGCAAUCAUCUAUAUAAAAUUUCUUAAUGAGAAAUACAAGUUAAAUUUGAAAACAAUUAAUGCGUAUUUAGGCGUUAAGCCCGGUGGAAUGAAAUUUAUUACAUUCAUGAUGGAUUUUGUGAAUUUCAUUAUACAAGAAUUGAUAAAACAAAGAGAAAAAUAUUUGGGCGAUAAUUUUGAAAAAAAGCAUGAAGUAUCCAAUGCAGAUAUAAGAAGUCUUAUUAAGAAAGAUGCUUUGUUUAAAGAAUACGCAUCAGCAUAUUUAGAGACUAUGAGUAAAGUCAAUCAACAUUCAAUCAUUGAUAAAACGAAUCUUAUUCGUGAACAAUUAAAUCUAUUGGCGGCAGAAACAGGAUGCAGUGUUGAGAUGUUAUUAAGUGAUGUUUUUUUGGAAAAAUUCGAAUCACAUGUUCAGACUUUGCAUUCAUCUCAAUACGGCAUUAAACGUUAUCAAGUCUUGAAAAUGGAAGAAAAUAUUGUAGAAGCAAAGCGAAUUCUCGAUGACUUCCAUUCGAAAGAAGUAACCAAUAAGAGUGAUAUAGAAUCUCUUUAUCAACAUUUUCAACAAUUACCCGAAGAUCUGUCAAUCAUGAAAUUUCCGAAGGACGAAAUGGGCAUAAAUAGUUUGAUAUCCAUAUAUAAUGGCUUACAUGAUCGUAUUCAGGCGCAAUUAUCUUAUGACCAGCAAGCCUUAUGCCCACCAAAAUGGCUAAUAGAUAAAUUGAAUGAUUUGCAAAAUGAAUUAUUACAAAGGGAUGCAGAACUUACCGACUUUCGAAAGAUGAUAAGCGCCAGCAAACAGAUAUUUCCCCAUAGUACUCCAAUUUCCAAUUCUGAAAAUGAGAAAAACAAUACGCAAAUGAAUUUAAUAAGAACACCUUCUAUAAAAAUUGAUGCAAGUAACACUUAUGCUAUGCCACGUAUCUCUCUCUUCGAUGCCGAUGACCAAUGUGAUUACGAUGUAUCAAAACUGGACCAAGGACCAAUUUUAAAAGAAUGUAAACUUAUUGAUCCUAAAAUGGAAAGUUUACCAGAUCCGAAAAGUUGCUCAUCUGAAUUCGAAAAUACUACUCAGCCAGUCGCUGCUUUAUCACCUACGCUAUUCAAUGCAAAGACAAACAAUCGCAUUCGCAAUAUGAAUAAGAACGACAUCAGAUCUCUGAUGCACUUUAAAAAAUUACCCACUAUAGAAGAGUUACCAAAUGAAUCGGCGAAUUUCAAUAAUUUAAGUAUGAGUCCAUCGGGACUUUUGAAUCCCUUGGUAACUUUAAAUAUUGACCAGUCUUUAAAACUCAAUGAUGAAGUGAAUAAUGAGUUAAAGAGAUUCGAUAAAAAAUCUGACGAUAUAGAUGAAGCCAUUGGCGAGACAUUUGCACCGAAUAAGGAUCAACGGAUUUUUAAUGUCUUUGAGCAUGACUUCAAAUAUGAUUGUGACGAUGAUGCUUUGUCUAACACUAGUGAUAGCGUCUUAAACGAUAUUAUUAUGUAA